UUCACAUUUCUAAAACCUUAGCCUAUAUAGAUAUUUUUUUUUUCCUCCUUUUUAAUUUUCUUUGCGUGUAAUAUGGAUUUGGGGCAAUUAAUGUUGAGAGAAACUCAAAUAAUAGAUCACAAUAAUAAGGAAAAAAAGUAUAGUAAUUAUAAUUCUAGUGCUACUUCUUCAAUUGCUUCACAUGAAGAUUUGAGGAGUAGAAUUGAAUCAUUUCAUAUGCUAGAAAAGGCUAAUAUUUCUAAGACUGAAUCUACCGAAAAGAAACUUUCAUGGCUACGUUCACAGAUUAUUGGUGAAAAUGUCGAUUUCGAAUCCCCUUUUGGGAAACGUAGGCUUACUUAUGCUGAUCAUACUGCCUCUGGAAGAUCCCUUCACUAUAUCGAAAACUAUAUCAUCAAUAACGUCCUUCCUUUCUAUGGUAAUAGUCAUACUAGUGAUAGUCAUGUGGGAUACCAAACAACAAAAUUAGUGCAUGAAGCAGCUGCUUAUGUGAAGAAAUGCUUAGGUGGAGGAGAUGAAGAUGCAAUUAUAUUUUGUGGUUCUGGUUCCACUGCUGCUAUCAAAAGGCUACAAGAAGUUAUGGGGAUUUCAAUCCCUUCUAUACUAAGAGAAAAAGUACUCACAAAAUGCUUUCGUAACGAAAUGAAAGAGAGAUGGGUGGUGUUUGUUGGACCUUAUGAACAUCACUCUAACAUUCUUUCAUGGAGACAGAGUUUAGCUGAAGUUGUGGAGAUUGGAUUGGACGAAAACGGGCUAGUAGAUAUGGAAGCAUUGAGGGAUCAGCUUGAGUUCUAUAAGUCUACGAAUAGACCAUUGUUGGGUUCGUUCUCAGCUUGUAGUAAUGUUACUGGGACUUAUUCUGAUACAAGAGCUAUCGCUCGUCUACUUCAUAAAAAUGGAGCUUUUGCUUGCUUUGAUUUCGCAGCAAGUGGUCCAUACGCGAAAAUAGAGAUGAGAUCAGGUGAGAUCGAUGGAUAUGAUGCUGUUUUUAUUAGUCCUCAUAAGUUUCUUGGAGGUCCAGGCACACCUGGAAUUCUUGUAAUGAACAAAGCACUCUAUACAUUGAGGACUUUACCUCCAUCUACUUGUGGAGGUGGUACUGUUGAUUUUGUCAACCCCUACAAUGAAAAGGACACACUCUAUGUGGAGAAUAUUGAAGAAAGGGAAGAUGCAGGAACACCACCAAUUAUUCAGAAAGUGAGAACAGCACUUGCAUUUUGGGUGAAAGAGUUCAUAAGUCAUAAAGUAAUUGAAAGAAUGGAACACACUUACAUUGAACUUGCACUACAAAGGCUUCUCCCAAAUCCUAACAUAUGGAUUUUAGGAAAUGUAACAGCCAAGAGACAAGCUGUGCUUUCUUUUCUCAUAUAUACUACAACUCACUCUUCGUCAAGUGAUGGAAAUGGCGGAGACAAUGAACUUUACUUAUGGAGAGAGACGGGGAACAAGAAAGAUAAGCCACUUCACGGCCCUUUUGUUGCUAAGCUGCUUAAUGACCUAUUUGGUAUUCAAGCUAGAGGAGGAUGUGCUUGUGCAGGACCCUAUGGGCAUAUCUUGCUCAAGGUUGAUGAACCUCGUUCUCUAGCGUUCAAAGAUGCAAUUGAGAUGGGCUAUAGUGGAGUGAAGCCGGGAUGGACAAGGGUCAGUUUCCCCUACUACAUGUCCAAGGAAGAAUUUGAGUUCAUUCUAGCAGCAUUAGAAUUCAUAGCCAUUUAUGGACAAAGGUUCCUUCCUAUGUACCAUUUCAACUGGAAGAGUGGUGCUUGGACUUUCAAGAAAAAAGCUUUCAAGGAGGCACUCAUAGGAAGAGAUCACAAUUGCAAUUUUUGUGGCUCACCAAUGAAGGGGUUGAACCUAGGUUGCCACGACACUGAAGAGAACAACCAUGUAGAAAGCCCCGCAAAAGAAGGUCUCAUUUGCAAGUACGUAAAGUACCUUGAAACAGCCAAGCGCAUUGCUAGCCUCCUUCCCAAAUUCCCAGCUCAACGGUCCAUACCUGAAGAAAUAAACCCUAACCUAGUACCCUUCAGAGUCUGAAGAUUGAAAUCGCAUCGCUGAGCUUAUACUUUUGGAAAGAGAAUGCUCGUUCUCACUCUCCAAUAUGAUCAUUUAGUUGUCUAAUCUUUGGUUGGGCAAAUACAAGGGUAAUUACAUGUAAUAAACUAGAAGGAUACGAUGGCAUGAGUAUACUAUACUUCAAUAUUUUCUUUCUUCAUGUAAUAAACUAGAAGGAUACAAUGGCACAAGUAUACAUUACUUCAAUAUUUUCUUUUUUUCAUGUAAUAAACUAGAAGGAUAUGAUGGAAUGACUAAACUAUACUUCAAUAUUUUCUUUUUCCUUGUGAUUGUUAUGAAAUUCAUGUUUAAUCGAUUAGAAAAGGUAUGUUCAUUCUCAUUGUAGGGAAAGAUCAUGCCAUAGUCUAACAUUUAGUUGGACAAACAAAAAUAGGAAGAAUAUAUAUUAAACUAGGAAGAAGAGCCUGGGACUAACACUCUUUUUAGUAUCUUUUGUAUCUUCUUG